AACAAUUCCAAAUCCUGGUUCCAAGUGUUUCCAAAAUUUAGUUUCUUUUUCGCUAGCCCCCAACAAAGCCACAAAAUAUCUCUCUAGCUCGACGCCGCUGCAACUUCUUUGGUCAAUUGUCUGUUUUAAUUGAAUCUUUUCCACGGCUACGCUACGCCAUGGCCAGUGUCAGUGAUGAUUCCAUACAAAGUGAGGUGCCCAGCAAGCGUUCUCGUUUGGCUGGCUCCAGCGCCAAAAGCCUCAAAUUAGUUGAGUCCCAGCAGGGUCCGAAGGUCGCGAAUCGAGUGCCCAAAUGUGCACGCUGUCGUAAUCAUGGCAUUAUCUCGGAGCUGAGGGGACACAAGAAGCUCUGCACCUACAAGAACUGCAAAUGUGCCAAGUGUGUACUGAUCUUUGAGCGUCAGCGCAUUAUGGCGGCACAGGUCGCCCUGAAGCGCCAGCAGGCGGUGGAGGAUGCGAUUGCCAUGCGUUUGGUGGCAAACAAAACGGGACGCUCCAUCGAUGCACUGCCGCCGGGCAAUAUCUUUGGUUUGACCGUCACGCAGCCAAGUUCCCCCCGACAACUUAAGGAAGCUGAACAGCUGGAGAAGCAGUCCAUGACAGAGGAGAGACAGCAGCAGCAGCAGGAGGAGCUUUCUGAGCCUCCGGCAGUUGCCCAAGAUUUGAGCGCCACCCGACGGGAGAAUGUCUCACAGACGGCCAUCGAUAUGCUGGCGCAGCUUUUUCCCCAACGGAAACGAUCUGUUCUGGAGUUGGUGCUGAAACGCUGCGAUCUCGAUUUGAUACGCGCCAUAGAGAAUGUCUCACCAGGGGCAGCGGCGGCGCCCAUGGAUAUCGCCAAAUCACAGGAGACUCCCAUGCCAAGCCUACAACUGGCGAUGCCACAAAGAAGCAGCGCCUUCAGGCCAGUCAUAGCGGAACAGUACACAAACAAACCGCUGAUGGAACUGAAGCCUCCCAGUGCCGCUUUUGGGAGCAACCCGUCGGCAGCAGCUGCGGCUGCCAUUUGUGCCUACCCCAAGUGGUUUGUGCCGCUCUCCUUUCCGGUGACCAUGGGCCAUCUCUCGAAUCUGGCACCGCGCUGCACACUGCCAAAUUGCGCCUGCCUCGACAGCUAUCAGUUUCACUAG